AUGUCAUGGCCGUUGUCCAACAGUUUGGGAGGCCAGAGUGCUUCAAAAGUGGCAGUCCUACCUCGAUUAUGCUCGGAUCAUAACCCCAUCCUCUUUAUUGACGAAGCGGGGAGCCCUCCUAGCAGAAACCUACGGCUGAUUCGCUUUGAAGCGGCGUCGCUGACUAGAGAAGAUUACAAAACCAUCUGGGAAGAGGCUACAUUUGGUGGAGAUCGGCCUUUUGAAGACAUUAUUACUAAGGUCACCCAGAAGAGUAUGGAUUGGAACCGUAACAUGUUUGGCAAUAUUUUCAAUCCUAAGAGACAUCUGGAUAUGAGAAUCUAUGGGAUUCAAUGCGUGAACUUCAGUUCAUCUAAUGGCCUUAAGAAAUUAGAAAUACAUGUGAUUACUAAGCUUAAUGAUGUACUUGACCAGGAAGAAGCAUUUUUGUUUCAAAAAUCCAAGAUGGACUUGGUUAGAGAGGGGGAUAGGAACACCGUUUCUACCACAACGCAGCUUUGA